AUGGGGCUCUUCGACUGGUACCCUUUCAUUCGCAAGAAGGGCUACAACCCUACUGUUCUAUACCAAUCAGUCCUAGCCUCCCUGACAACAGGCACACGUCGCUUUGAUGUGAUGGCCAACUGCUUUCCCGUCAUCCAACAAGCCUACUCGAACCAGAACUUGCCUCCGGAUGAUGCGCACAGGAUUUUGGAAAACGACAUUAAACGAUUUGGCGACCCACUCAACAUGCGUUUAUACAUUGACGGCGAUCAGGCAGAGGAAAAAAUGGAUACAGCCAAGGCACGAGACGCAAAGCGACACAAGGCUCUGAACCGGACGGAAAAGAGCAUCAAGGUUUUCGAGGAGAGACUGAACAGCAAUUUGAGGGUCAGGAAACGACACUUCACUGACGUCAAGGCUGGACUCAAGUCGUCUUUUCACUGGUCGUUGAGGAGUCGCCAGGAGUUUGCCAACUACAUGCGGCACCGCGGUUGGACUGUUAUCGUUUGCAGGACGGAGGCUGAUCUUGCUAUUGCUAUGGAUGCUCAGGGCAUUGACGUCAUUAUCUCGAAGGACAGUGAUAUGACGGCGUAUCAAUCAGUCACGACCCUCUGGCGUCCAGUCUCCAAUAACCUUAUCCUCGUUUACAAGAUUCCCGAUGUCCUCGCAACUCUUGGUAUCUCUCGGACGCAGCUGACGGCGCUCGCGGUAGUAUCUCGAAAUGACUAUCACAAGAACAUCUACUCGCUUGGGCCAGCAACCAACUUCAGCAUUAUCAAAUCGAUUGGAUCAAGACCAGACGCCCGAGAGAUUGUCGCUGCCUACCUUACUCACGGCCAAGUCGUGGUGAAAAACACGAAAGAGGAGACAUUCGAGAACUCGAUCCGGGUGUUCAUUAUUUUACAGCAAGAGCCAAUCCAGCCUUUAGUCCAAGAGUCGCAAGCCCUGCAGCUCUUCCGUGUAUUGCAGCACAGGUUCAACGAACUUUACAUCAAGCACCAAUCCACAAAAAAUAUUCGAGCGGCAGGAGUCAAAGAGAGGCCCAAGGAUGACAUUGUACGGCUACCCUCGCCAAAGACCUUCAACCGGUACCGGACGGUCGAGUCACCCGCUGCUAUCUCUAAGACAAAGACCGUCACUACACCACAACCUGCGCGUGGUCCUUCACAACAAAUCUCUUCUGAUUCCAGUCCAUCUCAACAGUCUACUUCUGUGAUGUCUGCCCCAGAUGCUGACGGCCAUCCACCCUUAUCAAGGACACGGAUCCCGCGGAACCGAGGACGAUUCUCGUUCAAGGAGAGAACCCGCAAGGUUGUCCAUGCUCCACCUCCCAAGGCUAAGCAAUUCAAACUGAAGUUUUACCAAGAACGACCGGAGACUGUCAACCCCACCCCAGCCAAAAAGACGACGUCAAAGGCCAACAAACCACCACAACCCAACAUGAAACCGAUCGCCGACAAGGACAAGAGUGGAUUAUUGCGAUCUCUUUCUUGGCACCAUCCUACCGCAUGGCUGGAAAUUGGCACCUUGGAGGCGAAUUUUGGACGUGUAUCAGGAGAUGGAGCAACACUCGGAAACCCGGAAAUCCCACUGAAUCUUAACAUUGUGCAGCAGGAAGUGGUGGAUUGCCUACAGGAGGCUGUCCAAUCAGCAGCAACUGUCAAACGGAAUGCCCAGAGGCUGAUCGGAGAGUUUGUUGAGACAUUGGCUGUCAGGAUGCACGCCGCAGAGGAGACGAAGAGGGCAGAGUUGCAGAAGCUCUCCCCGCCAAUGACCAUGACCAACGUCGAGCGUCGCAAAGCCAAGCGCGAUGCUGUCACAAAGGACGAGCGAGAAAUCCUUGCCCAUCUAUGUGUGCGUAUCAAACCCAAUGCUGCCGACAAGGAGCAACAGGAUGUUGAGCAGAAGGAGGAGGACAACACCGACCUGGACGACAAGGGCAAUCUCGAGCAACAAUUUCUGCGGCCUUUCCUGGCAUAUCUCUAUUCCGGGAACUACCCGAGUAAAACAAGAGUGGGUGUCGUUGUGAACAAGCUCAUUGACUGGUUGACAGAUCACGGGUUCCAUCACCCUAUUCGGGCUAGGAGAGACCUCAACGAGACUAUGCCGUUCACCCCUUCCAUGCUUGUUCGCUCUGUCUCAGUACAACUCGCAGUCGAAUUACAGCGGAUCUAUGGACAUGGCCCCCAUGACCUUCACAAGCAGGCCACAGCUAUGGUGGCGAAACAUUUAUUGCCACCAGAGGCCGACAUUGGUAUACAGGACGACAUCUCCGCUGUUGAGAACUUUCUUCAACUAAAUCGAAUCACUGGCAACAGGCGUCGGAUCAUCCCUCUCACCUCGUUCGAGUUACCAUUCGUGUCGUUCACUGAGCCUGAGCUUGCUUCGUUUUUCUGGAAGAGAGAAUCGCUCAAGACGCGACUUACGGAUCUGGUUGCAGAGGAUGGAUCUCCUGCCAAUACCUUAUUCGAUAUCACGAGCUGGAUCGCUGGCAAGGGUCCCGGGAUCAUUAUCAAGCAGUUCAUUGCUGAUGUCGCGCCUCAGGUUAAAACGAGCCGUCAGCGGAGGAAGGCCGGUCAUCGCGGGGCUGUCAAGCUUCUCACCUUAGAACAGAUCAAGUCGCAUUUGACAGCUGUUCAGGACAAGUGGGUCGAUCCGAUCAAUUACGCCACAAAAGGAUACAUCCUGCGUGGCUCCAUUCGCACGGACGGAUUCCGGCUUCAACUUCCGGCCUACAAGCUCCGUGAGUUGCAUUCAGUACGGUACCGUCGGUUGGAACCUACCAAGCUGCCACCCAAGCUGACGUCUACGGUUGGAGGCACAGACUACUAUCUCCAAGAAAUCCGACGUGUGAUAACCUGCAAGGAGGAUAUCGAGAAGCUUUGGCCAGGUGUCCCUGUCGAAAGGAUCAAGACUUUGACAUUGGACGGUGGACAAGUAUGCGUUAUUGGUGCCUUCGCGGAUCUUGCAGAGGACGUGUUGAGCCAGUCUAAGGGCAAAGAUAAUGCGAACGAGUCAUCUAUGGAAGACGUCACCACCACCACCGUCGCCACUACCACCGCCACCGACAAUCAGCAAUCGAUUAAUGCAACUACCUCCGUAUCGACCAAAGUCCCCAUCCCGUUGCCACAGUCACAAGGGUUACCUACCUUCUCGUCCAGGACAACAUUUCUGAACCUGGCUGUCAAACAGAAAGCCGUUUACCAACCUACGUUCAGAUUCCGGCGCUGGCUUGAGGACACAAAGCAAGAGCAGGUCUCUGUGGAUGGACAGCAGGUAUCGAUAUCCGACAUCGAGUCUCGACUUCCGCCCCUCAAAGGCCAAGGCUCGAGCGUGAUCAACUAUGUACAGGAGCUGAAGCGGGUGGAGGAGUGUCUCCAGAAGUUUUAUGCUGGCUCGGGAAAUCUGUACAAGCGGCAGAAGUGGGACAUGGAGAGGGCCCGCGAUUAUGAGUACCAGCUUAUCGCAAAUCGGCUCCUUGGGAUCGUGGGAGGAAGUCUUGGCGAGCGAUAUGACCCAUCAAAUCCAGUUCUCAUUGGCGUCGGUCUUGGGAACUUCUCUAUCACAAGCGGACUGUCAGCCCUCAACUCGACCUUUCUCAGCUACUUCAUUCAAAAGGCCCGCUCUCUCGGUUACAUUAUCGUCGGUCUGAACGAGUACUACACGAGUAAGAAGUGCCCUCACUGCGGCCACUUUAUCGCCCAGGUCACUCUCCGCCGCUUCUACUGCCCCGAGUGCCAAGUAUAUCAUCAUCGCGACGUUAUGGCAGCCGAGAAUAUGGCGAACAUUGUGCGUGGAUAUCUGGAAAAGCAAGAGCGGCCUGAGUAUCUACACCCCGUAGCUGCUGACGGCUCUCUCCCAUGGAUGGCAAAAGCCGGCGCUGGACCCGCUACAAGUUCCACCGCCGCCUCCUCCAGCAGCAACACCACCACCGCCAUCAAUCGACCAAAGGGAUCGCGCAAGAGGGCAACUUCGACCUCCAGCUCAAGUCGGGGUCGUCGUGGGAAGGUGGCUCAAGAGGAUAAAUAG